AUGUCUGUCAACGUCAACUGCAGUGUGUCAGACCAGUUCUAUCGCUACAAGAUGCCCCGUCUGAUUGCCAAGGUUGAGGGUAAAGGAAAUGGAAUCAAGACAGUUAUAGUCAACAUGGUUGACGUUGCAAAGGCGCUUAAUCGGCCUCCAACGUAUCCCACCAAAUAUUUUGGUUAUGAGCUAGGAGCACAGAUCCAGUUUGAUGUUAAGAAUGACCGCUACAUUGUCAAUGGAUCUCAUGAGGCGAACAAGCUGCAAGACAUGUUGGACGGAUUUAUUAAAAAAUUUGUUCUCUGUCCUGAGUGCGAGAAUCCUGAAACAGAUCUGCAUGUCAAUCCAAAGAAACAAACAAUAGGGAAUUCUUGUAAAGUCUGUGGCUACAGAGGCAUGCUUGACACACAUCAUAAACUCUGCACUUUCAUUCUCAAAAACCCACCUGAGAAUAGUGACAGUGGCACAGCCAAGAAAGAAAAGGAAAAGAAAACCAGAAAGGGCAAGGACAAGGAGAACGGCUCUGUGUCCAGCAGUGAGACGCCACCACCUCCACCUCCACAUGACAUCAGCCCU